GGUGAACGAGAGGAGGAGGGGGGAGAAGAGGUGAAAGGAGGAGGGGGGGAGAAGAGGUGAACGAAAGGAGGAGGAGAACGAAAGAGGAGGAACAAGAGGCGGAGAAGAAGACGUGACGACGAGAGGAGAACGAGGGAAGGAGGACCAGUGGUGGUUGCGGAGAGGAUUCUAGGAGGGAGACGAGGAGAAGAGGGCAGAGGAGAAGGGAGGAGAAGGAGGAAGAGGAGGAGGAGGAAGAGGAGGAGGGCGCGAUGGGUGACGAGGUGCUGGCCAAGUCGGGCCUCCACUUCGACGAGCUGAGCAAGCUGCGGCUGCUGGAGCCCGAGGCGGCGCAACAGACGGGCGAGCUACGCGAGGAGUGCAAAGAGUUCGUGCAGAAGAUUGCGGAGUUUCAGGGAGUGGUGGGUGGACUCAUUGACAUGGUGGAUCAGCUGGCCAAGGAGGUUGAGAAAGAGAUAAUGAAGGCGAUUGGUGCACGGAACCAGCUCCAGUCAGUGGCCAAGCAGCGAGAAGCGCAGCAACAGCAGCUGCAGGCGCUCAUCGCCGAGAAACACGUCCAGCUGGAGAGAUACCGCAUCCAGUACGAAGCUCUUCUUAAGGUGGAGGCCGAACAGAAUGAGUUCAUUGAGCAGUUUGUACUGCAGAAGUGAUUUUCCUACCAGAUGUGAAGGCAGGUUGCCAGCCAACACGUGUCUCUCGCCUCCAGACACCUCUGGAUGCCCUCUGGAACGUCAUCGACUGAUAUCUUAUGAAUGCAAGGGAGAGGGACCCACUCAACCUCUCUCUCCCCCACACUUCAUGUAAACACAGACUUCGAUGGCAAAUUUCUAUGAAAAUCCCUUCUUGAAGCAGAUCACACACCAAUUUUAUAUAUUGUACCUUUAUUAAUGCUUGUUGGGGGG